AUGGGUUUCACAAUUACAGCUCAACUUUGUCGAUUGCAUCACCGAUACUUCAUCCUUAUCUUCCAACAUAUCGUACCGGUGUGUCUUUUCAUUCUACAUUGGAUUUUAUUUUUCGCCUCACGAUCUUUUCAUAGCUUUAUCCUACAUGGGGACGUUGAAUUUGUCUCAAGAACAUGGACCGAUCAUACUCUCCUCUCCGCACGCAUUCAACUUGGAUCACCAAAGCACUGGAAAAGGAUAUUGGCGUGGCAACCCCAAUUUUUUCCUAUAUUCCUGAAUUUCGACAAGAACUUGUAA